ACUUGGCAGGAAUGGAGGCGGAGGCAGCCGGCUCGGCGGGUCCCCGCUCGGCGGUGGAGAAGCUGUCGGAGGCGGUGGGCCAGCGCACGAAAGCCCUGAGCAGCGCCCUGCAGGAGGCUCACCGCCAGCGGCGCCUCCUGAUGGUGAUCGUGUGCGUGGCGCUGCUGCUGGACAACAUGCUGUACAUGGUGAUCGUGCCCAUCAUCCCGUACAUCAUCGGCGCCAUGAACAGCACCGCGGGACACCAGCAGGGGGAGCAGCAGCAACAGGCCGGGUCCGCCGCCGCCAACGGCAGCGGCGGCGGGGGUUGGAUCAGUAAUGCCAUGAGCCCCCGCUAUCCGGUCGAGAACAACGACAUCAAGAUCGGGGUGCUGUUCGCCUCCAAGGCUAUCCUGCAGCUGCUGGUCAACCCGCUGAGCGGCACCUUCAUUGACCGCGUGGGCUAUGCCAUCCCGCUCUUCAUUGGCCUGACGGUCAUGUUCCUCUCCACCGUCAUCUUUGCCUUUGCCGAGAACUAUGGCACCCUUUUCGUGGCGCGCAGCCUGCAAGGCCUGGGCUCAGCUUUCGCAGAUACGUCUGGGAUCGCCCUCAUUGCCGAUAAGUUCACGGAAGAAUCGGAGCGCAACCGUGCCCUGGGCAUCGCCUUGGCCUUCAUCUCCUUCGGCAGUCUAGUGGCGCCCCCUUUCGGCGGCAUCCUUUACCAUUUCGCAGGCAAGAGGCUACCCUUCCUGGUGCUGGCCUCCAUCUCUCUCCUGGACGGGCUUCUCCUUCUGUUGGCCAUCAAGCCCUUUGGGGACAGGACUCGGGAGAACAUGCCUGUGGGCACCCCGAUCUACCGACUCAUGAUCGACCCCUACAUUGCGGUGGUGGCUGGUGCCCUCACUUUCUGCAACAUCCCCUUGGCCUUUCUGGAGCCCACCAUUGCCAGCUGGAUGAAGAAGAACAUGGAUGCCAACGAGUGGGAGGUGGGGCUCACUUGGCUGCCAGCCUUCUUUCCCCAUGUCUUGGGCGUCUACAUUACCAUCAAGUUGGCAGACAAGUACCCCCACCUGCAGUGGUUCUAUGGGGCACUGGGCAUGGUCAUCAUAGGGGCCAGCUCAUGCAUUAUGCCGGCCUGCCGGAACGUUGGGCAACUCACUGUCCCUUUGUGUGGCAUCUGCUUUGGCAUUGCCAUGGUGGACACUGCCCUGCUGCCCACCCUUGCCUUCCUAGUUGAUGUCCGCUAUGUGUCAGUCUACGGCAGUGUCUAUGCCAUCGCUGACAUCUCCUAUUCGGUGGCCUAUGCCCUGGGGCCUAUUGUGGCAGGGGAGAUUGUCCAUUCCUUUGGCUUUGUGCAGCUCAAUCUGGGCAUGGGCCUCGCCAAUGUGCUUUAUGCCCCUGUCCUCCUGUUCCUCAGAAACAUUUGCCAGAUGAAACCCUCACACUCAGAGAGAAACAUUCUCCUGGAGGAGGGACCUAAGGGACUCUAUGACACCAUCAAGAUGGAAGCAUGCAAAGGCAAGGGCAAAAAUCGCCAUCCUGUAGGGGGCGCUGAAGAGAAUAGCAUAGACUCUUACCAUAGAGACUUGAGAGAGGCUUCUGAAGAGGACUCUUCAGAUUAUGACUAUACUUAGAGGAUGGGUUGGUUAUCAGAAGCGGGAGAAUGGAGAGCACCUUGGCUGUUACCUUUAUGCCCCAAUGUGCCAAUAUAUUCCACUUUAACCUUUGUCUUGAUGUGAUGGCUUUCUCUUGACUACUACUUCUCUCUCUCUCUCUAAGGUUUUACCUUAAACACCCUGUCAAGAUGAAAGCUCCAAAUAACUAACAUGAAUGGUGCAUUUUGUAUAGAUCUGUGAUGGACCUUUUCAAUGGUCCUUUCCAAGGAGGGAGGAUACACACACACCCAAACUCCCUAACAAAAGCCUGGUGCCAAGAGGAUUUUCUUGCAGUGUUGUGUAUGACUUUGGGCUGGUUCACACAUGCAUGUACAUCACUUGAGUUUUUUUAUAUCCGGUAAUGCUAACACUCAGAAGCGUUCACAUAAUGCAAUGAUCCUUUUCCUACACUUGAUUAUGGUAUACUUGAUGACUUGAAUGUGUGAACUGAUGCUGCUAAAAAAAAAAAAAAAAGCAUUGUGUGUUGGAGGUGAGCUGAACAUUCUGUCUGUGGUGUUAGACAUGUGAAGAUCUACUACAACUGUGAGUCUUCAUUGCAGCCCAAGUGAGACAGUUGUAACCCAGGCAGUCCUGUGUAAAAUCUCUGUUUAAAAAAAAAAAAACCUGCAACAUCACGGAAGUAUUUUUUAAAAAUUAUGGGGAGAGUAAGUUGCAAAAUGCACGUCCAGGGACUCAGUGAAUAUUGUACAUAUAUAGAUAGGCACCCAUGUGGAAACUUCCCAUCAGUUUCAUAUUUAAUGCCAGCAAUGGAAA